AUGUGCCCGGAAAAUACCUUGGCAGCCUUCCGAGAAGGACUGGCAGCUGGAGCAGACGGAGUUGAACUGGAUGUUCACCCUACAUUGGAUGGGCAUGUGGUGGUGAUCCACGAUGCCACGCAGGACAGAACUACCAACGGCACGGGCUUAGUUUGCCGUGCGUCUCUGGACGAGAUCCGGCGACUGGAUGCUGGCGCGAAGCACUCCGCAGCCUUCCGGGGCGAGCGGGUGCCUCUCUUGAGUGAGGUUCUUGACCUCGUCAUGAACUGGCCGGGUGGCGACAAGAAAGUUCUCAUCGAACUGAAGGGUGGCUUCUCUGGGGUUCCGGAUUGGGUUCAGAGAACGCUGCGGCGAGUGGGCAUGCUGAAGCAGGAGCCAUCCAAUCCCGGCUUGGCACGCUUGGUUGCAGAUGUCUUGCUGCCCUACUCACAUCAGGUCGAGGAGGGCCGGAUUCUGGCUCAGUCUUUCCACCAGCCUUAUUUGCAUGAGUUGCGUGGGCUGAUGCCCAGCCUGCAAGUUAUGUACCUGUCUUUGAGCUCUAGGCUAGGAUUGCUGGAGAAGGAGGACUUGCAGCAUGUUGGUCUUGGAUUCUCGGGCGUGGCUGUCAGACAUCCUUCGCUGUCUGCACAGGCAACUCAACAGCUUCACGUCGUGCAGGGACGGGUGUUUGCUUGGACCGUGGAUGCGAUCGACGAUCUGGAAGCAGCAGUUGCAGUGGGCGUCGAUGGUAUCAUUACGAACUAUCCUGACAGAGCUGUGGCCUUGCUUGCGGGCCAUGUCCCUCAUGUCCCACGACAACGAUGGCGCGGAUUCUGUUGCCGUGCGAAGCAAGCAAGGCGAGCGUAG